AUGCCCGUUCAGAUGGCUCCGAAAGUGAAAGAAAAGAAGGGCGAUUUGUUCGCUUCCCCGAAAGACUUCGCGCUGGCGCACUGCAUCAGCGCGGACGUGCGCAUGGGCAAAAGCAUAGCGGCCAUUUUCAAAGCCAAGUAUGGGGGAGUGUCUGAGCUGAAGGCUCAGCGAAAGCGCGUCGGCGAAGUCGCAGUGCUCACGGCUCGUGAUAACAGGGUCAUCUAUUACCUCAUUACCAAGUCUCGUGCGUGGGACAAGCCUACGUACGAUGACCUAACUUGUGCGUUGAAGUCGCUGAAGCGAGAAUGUGUGUCUCGCGGAGUUAAGAAGUUGGCGAUGCCGAGGAUCGGAUGCGGGUUGGAUAACCUUGUGUGGGACCGCGUGAAGGACAUCGUGGAGUGUGUGUUUGGCGACGAGGCGCUGACGCUUCAACAGCAGAUGAAAAACACUAAGUACUAA